GUUAGUCAACUCUGUGAAAAGUUCUGGACAAAACUCUUGAGACACAGAGCUCCUCAGGACAUCAGAAGUCGCAUACGGGCGAGGAUGGUGCACAAGCAGCUUCAACUGCGAAAGUCGGCAGCCUCGCACGAGCUAGGGAAGCUUCUUGAAGAUCUCAGGGGUUUUCCUAUCAAUUAUAACCACUACUAUACUGACGUGAUCCAGCGUCGGCGGCAAGAGAGGCUUGAAAAGAACUUGGGAGUCUUCAUGCCAGCCGCGUUUCCGCAUCAGUCAUAUGAGAAAUGCAGCCGUGGCUCUCACUACGAGAAGUAUGCCCCCGAGCUCGACAUGAACCGAGUCGUCCAAGCUGUGAUGAAGAGCAACGCUACUACCAUUGACAUGGACACAUUCAGCAUCGAAGAGGCACUUGACUGCAUGCGAGCGAUCUACAAGGUGCAGUACAAGACCUUUGUUGCCAAUGUGACAACCCAGGUGAUUGAGAGGCAUCUGGUGAGGGGUCUUGAGAACAUUGUUUCGCCGCUUGUGGUUGUGAAGAUGUCGGACAGUGAGGUGGAGGCUAUAGCCUCGGAGCAGACGACAACCAAGCAGCAGAGGAUCAUGCUG